CAAAAAAAUUUCCAUAGAUAACGAUAGAAAUCGGUAGUCAUGUGUUUUCUACCCGGCUGAAAAGAAUUAAAAUGAGUAGUACGAGGAAUGUUGUUUUGAAAUUAUACAAAACAAUGUUGAGGGAAGCUGAGAAGUUUCCAUCAUAUAAUUACAGGACCUAUGCCCUGAGAAGGAUAAGAGCGUCGUUUCGAGAGAAUAAAAGUCAAACAAAUCCAGCAGAAAUAGAUAAGGCAAUACAAUAUGCCACAGAUAAUUUGGGUGCCAUUCGAAGACAGGUAGUUGUUGGUAAACUGUACAGCACAGAAAAAUUAGUUAUUGAAGAGCGUCCUGAGCGGAAGUGAUUUUACAUUUCAUGAAAAGUAUUUGCAAAGUAAUGGGUUGCAGUUUCCAUGGAUAUAUUUCUUGGAUCUCAGCAGUGGUGGAAAUACAUGCUCCAUCACAACAUUAAAAGCUGUAGCUCUAGGGGUGCGCUUCAAUCAAACCUGAGAUCUUUACUCUUGUGGAUUGAGAUUGGUUAUGGAUGGGAUGGCCUACAUCUAUUGAAGGUCUCAGUAGCAUUAUUAGCUUUGUUAUUGAACACAGAUAAAUUACAUGUUGUAUACUUAUAUGCAUGAUUAAUUAAAUUUAAAUGAUUCAGCAUCUUAGAGGCUUGCAAAUCAUUGUGUAUAAACAUAUUUGUUAAUAAAUUUAGUAUUCAUUGAAAAUUUGCUCUGUUUAUUGUAUAAGUGCUGCUUGUUCUGAACAGUCGGUUGGGAAUGUAAGAGGAUGCUGAGUUAUUCAGCUGAAGUUUUAUAUUUUGUAUUUAUAAUAUUUAUAAAGUUAAUAUUUGUUUUGUGAGGACUUACUUGUGAUGUUUCUUUUUGAGUGUACAAAUAAAGUGGUAUUUUGUCUUGCUUAAA